GUAGGCCUAAUAUUCGCGCCUGCAUGGACUUGUUUUCAUUCCGUCCGAUUAUAAAUCCACUUUCCGUCCUACAAAUACGUCUUUAAACGCCGAUUCUUUUAGUUUAUUAUUUUUAGUUUAGCUUUUACGUUGCUCUUAAGAAUUAUAGUAUGGAAGGAAAUCGUCAACCAGAAAAACUGAACAUAAGUCUGCUGAACUUCGAAGAUCCAAAGUUCGAAGAAAGUAAAUAUGUUCUAACAAGCCCCAGAUCGCUGGAAGCUUGCGCCAGGCUUAACUUUAAGCCCGUUGAACUUUUGAGGAAGCCUCUGCGGGAUUUUCAAGAGGAAUUGUUGCCGAAAGGCAUACCCACGUGUACAAUAUUCGACUUGUACGAUGAACACGAGAAAGAAAGGAUAAGUAAACUGCGGCUAUGUCUAGAAGAAAGACAAAGAAUUGUCGAAGAGAAUUAUCUGAACGAUGGAAUUCAAACAAUUACGAUUCCGUCUAGCGACUCGGGAAAUUCUUCAAAUAUCGAUAACAACGAAAUAGAUGAAAUUCUCGAUACUGGUAGUCUACAAAGAAAGAGAACUGCAUGGGUAACUUCAUACGGCCAUAAAAGGAUUUCGGCAGAAGAAGUUAAUGAAAGAGCUUUGCAAGAUCAUAAUAGGGAAAUUGAAAAGAGAGAAAAGUUAUCAAAAGCUUAUGAUUCAACUAGCAUAAAGGUCAAAGAGAACAGCAAUUCUGUUAAGAGAAGGAACCCCUUAAAGAAUGGAAAGGUUGGUGGAAAAACAUCAAAAGGAAAAUUAGGAAUGCACUCUGUUGAAAGAUUGACGAACGCUCAAAUUGAGUAUAAUCCGGGAAUAAGAAAAAUAAGAAACGAAGAUCUUAAUGAGAGUAAACACGAGAAUGCAGAAGAAAAAAAACAUUCUUUCAGUUUUAAGAGACUAAAGGAAAAAUUUCAAAAGCUUAGUGCUCAUCAUAGAUCGGAUCAGGAGGAUAGUUAUAAUAGUAUUCCUCCUACCCAAGAGGAAAUUCAUGCGCAACUGGAAAUACAAAGACCAAAAUCACCAGAUGAUGCCGAUUCGGCUAUAUGUGAUUGUGAUAAUGAAGUUAAUGAUGAAUACUGGAUAAAUCAAUCGCAAAUACAUUGCUCCUUAUGCCGCAUUAUUAAUAUGGAUGAGAAGGAUAGCGGUAAUUUCUCAUUAUUCUCUCUAAAUGAGGCAAAUCCUCAAAUGAGGCGAUUCCUACAGGACUUGGAUAUUACUAGGAACCGUCCCGUAUUGAAAUUAAAUCGUAUUUGCAUCGAUUCGGUUGAUACAAAAGAAAUACCAAUAUGGAGAAAGAAGACGCCCAUUUUAAAGGGCUUACCAGGGCUAUUACCCAGAAAGAAGAUUCCAAUGCUGGGUCAAGAGCAACAAGGAGGAAAGCGUAGAGUCAAGUACCGAGCUAAAAAAAAGAUUAGUAAUGCAACUUGUGAAAAGGGCGAAAAAUUGCCCACGAAUCAAGAAUUAAUGCCUUUAAAAGGCCUAAACUGGCGGCAAAAGCUAAUGGAUUGGUACGAGCGAAACAUUCUUGAAUCGGUUAUCACAAAACGUGCAAGCCGACAAAACUUUUCCAUAAACUUAAAAGGCGUAAAGAAUAGCUGCUACCGACCUGAAAAUAUUAGAAUGUUUAAUUCAAAAAGCCCUUUAACUCUGCCUGUUAGUAUGUCAGGAAGAAGAGACAGACGAAAGCAGGAAAGACUUUCCAAGGCGAAAAAUUCACCAAGGCAGAUAGAGGAAGUUGAAAAUUCAACCCGUAGACGUUUAGUUUCUAAUUCCCCGUCUAGUCGGAGUCAAAGUACGACCGAUCUUACCUCAGCCGGACAUGUAACCAAAGAAAAUUCUACUUCCGGCAAAAAGGGGAGACGAAGCGUCGAUGCGGCGCCAAGAGUAAUUCAGCGUUCCGUGUCAAUGACUUAUAAACCUCAACUAAGUGCCAAAAGUGCUAAUGACAGAAAAAUAAUAGAAAUAAUGAAAGCCAGACGAGAAGGCGAAGCUGUUGAUAAUAAAAAACGGGAACGAGCGAGGAUCCAGAGAGAAAAGGAAGCCGAAACUAGAGUAUCGACGGAAAGCCUACGAAGUCGUAGCAAUUCAGAAUUUCACCUAUUGAGGGAAGCCCGAGCGGCCAAAGUAGAAGAAGCCAGGAAGAGAAUGGAGGAAGAAGAACGACGAGAGAAAUUUGCUGCAGUUGUUGAAAAAGAGUAUCGUGUAGAGUCGACUCUAAGAAGACAAGCUAGCAUUAGGGAAUCAAAAAUGGAUAGACAAAGAAAAUUAAGCGAAGACCGUAAAAAAUUGCAAGAGCACAGAAAGGGAGAACUUGAACAGCAGGAGAAAGAGAGUAUGGAAGCGGCUAUUAAGAAACGAGAGAUUAGUUUGAAAAGGGCACAAUCGUUAAAGGAGCAAAGAGAACUGCAAAUUAGUGAGCAACGAAAGCAACGCGCUCAACAAAGCCAACGACUGUUUGAAGAUCGUAAUGAGGAUUUGCACUGUAAACAAAAGGAUACGAAAGAAGAUCUAGAGAAUAAGUUAAAUAAGAAAUUAAAAAUUGCUGAAGAGAAGAGAAGCACUCUUCAUCAGCAAAAAGUUAACGAACUCAAAAAGAGCAAGCAAGACUUGGACAUUAGAAUGUAUCGAAAUAAGGAAAAACAGCAAAAGGAAAAAAGAGAAAUGGAAAUAUUAAGAAAGAACGAAUUGCUACUAAAAGAAAAGCAAGCUCAAGAAGCCAAGUUGAAGGCUGAACGAAAUUCUGAGGAAAAAAUGUUGCGGGCUCAAAGAGAUAGGCUGAGGAGGGAGAGGCUACUAACUGAUAAUAAAAAGAAAAUUGAUAAAAAUGAAGGCGAACGAUUGAACAGUAUUAAAAAAUAUAUCGAACAAAAAGACUCUCGAAGUCGAUUAAUAGCUAAAGAAAAGGAGGAAGCGGUAACCAAAUCAAGGAACUUGGCCCUACAAUCGAAACAGGAAAGAGAAGAAAUUAAGAAAAAGUAUACUGUCAAUGAUUUCGCUGAUAAGGCUUCAAGAGCUGAAUUGGACGCACGAAUCGACAUGUCAUCUAGAUCAUUUACAGAACUAUGUUUCAUCUAG